CUUGACGCAAAAAAUAAGCUGCGCGUAAAAAAUGUUAAAAAUGCGCAAACAUGAAAUGCGCAUGUGUGGAACUGAAGCGUGACUAAUGAAGGUCAUUAAAGGUGAAUGGGUCCAAAGAUCGUGUCUGUUACAUGUAAACGCUCGUUUUGACAGGGUUGUUUAUAAACAUCUUCAAAAAGACACCAAAAAUCACGCAUAAAAUGGCAUCGUUAUUUGUGGAAACGUUGCAAUUUAUGUGCACGCUCUUCUGGCAAAUUCUGACUGCCUUUGCAAUGUGGUUUGUUCCCGCUACAAAGAAAGAUGUGCGCGAUGAAAUUGUACUGAUCACCGGUGCAGGCAGUGGAAUAGGUCGCUUGAUGGCCUUCCGUUUCGCUUCUCUUGGCUCUACCGUCGUUUGUGUUGAUAUCAACAAACAAGCAAAUGAAGCGACUGUGAAUGAAAUACAAUCAAAAGAUCAGAAAGCUUUCUCAUUCACUUGUGAUUGCAGUAGCAAAGACGAUAUUUAUAAAAUUGCGAACGAAAUCAAAGCCAAUGUCGGAGAUGUAACUAUCCUCAUUAAUAACGCUGGUAUUGUGAGUGGAAAGAAGUUAUUGGAUUGUUCAGAUGCAUUGAUUCAAAAAACGUUUGAAGUGAACACAUUGGCUCACUGCUGGGUAAGCGUAAAACGUUAAAUUUCACGCCACAAAAAAAAAAUUUCCAUCUUGUAAUGAGUAUAAUAUUACGCAUAUUUCUGUAUUUCAUACUUUGGCCGAUGUUACUGAGUAGCUUUCUUGUAUGAGGAUUCCUAUUGGUUGAUUCCCACAGAAAACUGAACUAUUGUGUAUUUGUUUUGUAAGAUAACAUGCGUCAGAAGCAGAUUGGUUAGAUACACGUGUAUUGUCAAUAUUUGGGUUGAAAUGUUUUUCUUUAAUUUGCAUGAACAAAAUUCCAUAAAUAUAUAAAUAGACUUUUGGAGAUUUAUGUUUAGUGUGUUAUAUCUUUCUCAAAUGUGGAGGGUCCAGUGAACAUGCGAACACAGACCCCACCCCUGUGGGAGACCCUUUCAUUAAUAAUUCAUGAGCAAUUCAGCCAGUGAUCACCUAUUUGAUCACAAGAUGCCAUUUGGAUAACCCGGUGAAACUUGAUGAAAGUCACUAAUGUUUUCAUUAAAUAUCUUAAUUACGCGUGCAAAAUUACUUGAAAUUCUAGAAUUCCUAAUUACGUUAUGCUUGGUUAAGAAUUCUAUUCAAAUCAGCGAACGAAAACAUUCUGUUACAUCUCGAUUUAUUUGAGAAGCUAUAUAAACAACUUGAGCUUGUGUCUCACCGGGAAUGGAUAUCCAAACACUCGUAGACAAACUUCCUUUGCCUGAAAUGUCUUGAAUGACAAUGUGCUCGUCAAGGGAAACACUUUGCCAUUAAAGGUCCAAUUAAUGUUAUUUUUAGACAACCAAAGCUUUCUUACCUGCGAUGCUCGAGAAUAAUCAUGGUCACAUAGUAAGCAUUGCUUCGUCUGCUGGUCUCUUUGGUGUGGCUGGACUGUGCGAUUACUGUAGCUCAAAGUUUGGUGCUUUUGGCUUCAACGAGUCAUUACAGAUGGAGCUGGCAGCCAUUGGAAAGCACGAGGUCCACACGACAGUUGUUUGUCCAUAUUUUAUCAACACUGGUAUGUUUGAUGGAGCCAAAACGAGGUAAAGUUUGACAGGCCGAGGCAGCUUGCAACCCCCCCCCCCCCACCCUUCAGGAAAGUACAGGUGUGUCACUUUGUUAUAGAGCCUUGUUUUCAUGUAUGUGGUAUUAGUUGAAGUCUAAUGUCUCAACCAUGAAAACGAGGCUCUAUAGCCAAGGUGACAUACUGUCCAGAAGCAUGUGUGUGCUAUAAUUUUUUUUUUAAUUUUACAAGCUUUGUCACAACAAGAAUACAUCAUGACAAAUAACAAUCAUUACAUAUAUAACAUUACAAAUGUGACAGGAAAUCACAACAGCUUCAGGCCAAUUACUGUGAUCCCAAAAGUAAUAGUAAUCAGAGAUACCUAUACUUUAUUUUGUUGUACUGAAGCUGCCAAGUAACUCAAUUAUUUUUGACAAAUUUAGAUUUCCUUUUCUUCUGCCAAUACUUGAACCAGAGGUGGCAGUUCACAAGAUAAUGAAUGCGAUAUUGACAAACCAACGCAUCUUGAUGAUGCCGAGAAUAAUGUAUAUUCUUCUAAUUUUCAAAAGGUUUGUAUUAACCAGUUACUGUCGUUCCAAUUGAAGUGUUCCUCAAAUAUUGAUUCAAUACAUUACCUCAGGCUGACCAAUUCAUUUGAUCAAGUUCCUCGAAAUAUUCAUGCACUUCCUAGUAUAAUUGUAAACUUCCUGUUGAAUAGUUUGAAUGCACCAAUCACCUUUGUUGUUUGUGCAACUAACCAAUCACAUAUAGAAAGGAAGUAACCAGAAAUGAUCAAAUACUUGGAAUUGGCUCUUUCACAGGAAGUGUAUAAAUAUCUCGAGGAACUUGAUGAAAUGAAUUGGUCAGCCUGAGGUAAUGUAUUGAAUCAAUAUUUGAGCAACACUUCAAUUGGAACACAGUAAUAGGCGUCCAUUCCAGUCAUUCCAUCACAUGCAGGGUUCCCAAUAGAAGCGGGCACCCAACUUAUAGUGUAGACAAUAUCCGUUAUUUCUUGAUAAGCCAAAAUAUCCUUACGAUACGAUAUGCUUUGUUAAGUAUUUGGAUGACAUGACAAAAUCUCCAUAAUUAAUCUCCAAAAUGGCUGUAAAUUUCAUUUCAAGGAGUCUAGAUUUCAAAUUCUCACAAGGAGACAACAUCAGACCCCUGGGUGGUACUUUGGGCACCACACAGACGCCACAUCUUUCAAAAAGGCUCCUCUAAAUUCUAUGCAAAACCUUGGACAUGUAAACAGAAUUGUUAACUUUUAUUUCGUUUUUUUUUUUAUCUAGCAUUCUGCCUCAAUCUUCGUACAUAUUAUUGUCCGGAUUUUUCGGAGCUAGUUCGUGUAUGGAUGAUUUUAAGGGAAGAGCAAAUAAAGAUGAUUAAAUGAAAUUGUUGAAGAUGAAAGAUUAAUGUUCCUUGGCAUAUACCAACAUGAAUGCAUGAUAUUUCAUGCGUUUCUACGCUCCAAUUAUAGAAUAGAAAUCCUAUUCAAAUAUUGUCCCAGAAAAAUUUAAACUGUGUAAUUACUGGAUUUUUACACAUUCAUUUUUUUAAAUUUGUAGUUUGUAGUUUUAAUAAUAUUUAAUAAUAUAAUCAUUUUCAGCCUUGUGUACAAGUUAGAAUUAACUAGAUGUUUUCCUUUAUUAAUUUUAUCUAUAUUGCCUUGGGGCUUACGUUAUAUAAGUAUGCCAAUUCAUAAAAAUAUGAAUAAUUAUAAUUUUAGACUAAUAUAUAUUUUAGUUACCAAAACUUUUCAAUUGCUCGGAUGAACCAUUUUCUUUUUUAUAAACAAUUUUUAAUACUUAGUUCUGUUGUAUAUUGUUGCAAUUGUUGUUUCAAUAUUCAACUUGAAUUAAAAAUAUAAAGAUUAAAGUAAUAAAAAGGUGUCUUCAUUAUCGUUUGAAA